AGAGGGAUUGUGCGCCUGUGAGUAGAGGGAAGUGCAGAGGGAGAGACUCUUCAAGAAGAUUCCGGGCUGAGCCAGGUCCGACCCCAGCAGGAUCCCACAGCCCAUGAGAUCACUACCUGAGCGCAAACCAAGAGUCCUGCGCGCCCAGCACUCUGAGUCCCCCAGGCGCCCCCCUCCUUGUGAAUUAUACAGUGUCCCCUCCGGGCGGGUGCAGCCCCAAUCCAGAACGCAGGACUAGGCGAAUGGAGCAAGGACCGAAUUUCAGUCUGUCCCCUUGUCUCCAGCCACGCGCCCCGAUGCAGUGCACAAUCUUCGUGAUGGCCCCAGGGAGUUAGGGAGCGACUUCCCGGUCGGCCAGUGGAAAAGAGUGGAGAUUUUCUCUAACUUAGGGAGCCCAGGCUACUGGGAGGACGAGAGGGAAGGAAUGGAAGGAAUGGAGAAACCCCUCCACCCUGUCCAUCCUGUUGGUGUCCUCGGUCCAGGAGCGCGGGGCUCCGCCCUCCCGGCACUCAACACCUGGCGCUGGGGCGUGCCUCAGUUUACCGGAGGCGGGGCCUCCCCCCCCCAUUUUUCCCUCUUCCUCUUCGGGGCGCCCGCAGCCGCGCCUCGAGCCCUGCCGGAACUGAAGCUGGGCUCCGGGCUGCCAGGAGGCGGGGGCCACGUCAGCGGGGCGGCGGGGGCGGUGGAGAGCAGGUCGCGGCAGGCGCCAUGCGGCGGGGCGCACUCCUGGCGGGCGCCCUGGCCGCGUACGCGGUCUACCUGGUGCUGGGCGCGCUGCUGGUGGCGCGGCUGGAGCGGCCCCACGAAGCUCGCCUCCGGGCCGAGCUGGAGACGCUGCGCGAGGAACUGCUGCGGCGCAGCCCGUGCGUGGCCGCCCCGGCCCUGGACGCCUUCGUGGAGCGGGUGCUGGCGGCCGGACGGCUGGGGCGCGCUGCGCUCGCCAACGCUUCGGGGCCCGCCAACGCCUCGGACCCCGCCUGGGACUUUGCCUCGGCGCUCUUCUUCGCCAGCACGCUGGUCACCACCGUGGGCUACGGGUACACAACGCCACUGACCGAUGCAGGCAAGGCCUUUUCCAUUGCUUUCGCGCUCCUGGGCGUGCCGGCCACCAUGCUGCUGCUGACGUCCUCGGCCCAGCGCCUGUCGCUGCUGCUGACCCACGCACCCCUCUCCUGGCUGACCACGCGCUGGGGCUGGGGCCUCCGGCGGGCAGCCCGCUGGCACCUGGUGGUGCUGCUGGGUGUAGCCGUGACCGUCUGCUUCCUGGUGCCGGCUGCCGUCUUUGCUCACCUGGAGGAGGCCUGGAGCUUCCUGGACGCCUUCUACUUCUGCUUCAUCUCCCUGUCCACCAUCGGCCUGGGUGACUAUGUGCCCGGAGAGGCUCCCGGCCAGCCCUACCGGGCCCUCUACAAGGUGCUGGUCACAGUCUACCUCUUCCUGGGCCUGGUCGUCAUGAUGCUUCUGCUGCAGAGUUUCCGUCACGUGUCGGACCUUCAUGGCCUCACGGAUCUCAUCCUGCUGCCCAGUCCGUGUCCUGCCAGCUUCAGCGAGUCUGAGGAUGAUCGUGUGGGCAUUGUAGACCCCCAGCCAGAACCGCAUCAGCAGCUUGCUGCUGACGCCCACCCUGACUAUGCCUCCAUCCCCAGGUAGCCGGGGCGGGUGCCCUGAGGCUGGCAGGACCUGGCCCGCGGCUUAGGGGCCCCCGUGACUGGAGCGGCUCUACUGGACCGUCCUUGAGCACAGGCCUGUGUUCGCAGGGUUCACGAGGCAUUGCCACCAGCUGUCCGUCCUUUGUUGUACCUGUCCCAGGCUCCACGGGGCACCGCCAUGGCCCUGUUUUGGGAACCCCCUCCCUGCCCCUUCUCUUACUCCCCUAACUCUGGGCUCUCUGGCUUUCCCUCUCACUCUUUUUGUGUCUCAUUCUGUCACUGACUCCAUCUGCCUCUCCCUCAGCCACUCUUCACUGGCCCGUUCUAGCAGUUUCUAGGCUCAGACCUCAUUUCUGGCACCUGAUGGGUCACUAUACUUUGGGCAAAUGGCUGCCCCUGUCUGGGCUUUGAUCUCCUCAUCUGUCAAAUGGAAAGAAUAUAUUCAUUCAUCUAGAACUCCCUCUGGGCAGGCCGCAGGCUGGGCAGCGUGAGGGACCCAGGAGCAUUGAGGUGGCCCUGGGCCCAGCUUUCCUGGGUUCCCAGUCCAGUGAGGAAGACAGAUCUGUCCCCACACAGCAGCCAUCCAGGAUAGGCAGGACUUCACGGAGGAGGCAGAGAGGUGUGUUCCAGAAAGCAUGGGUGGAGGGGGCGGGGUUCAGGGGGAGGAAGCACAGGGAUUGGGCCCAGUACAGCCUGCAAGGUCAGGGAGGGCUUCCUGGAAGAAGGGAUAAGGACGCAGGGGAAGAAGGUGGACCCGACUUGUUUUUCUCAAGUGACGCUAGGGAGCGAGAUCCGUGUGGAGGAGCCCGGGCAUAGGCCUGUGGGAUAGAACCCUCCUUGGCCACCCAACCGGCUGGAAGCUGAGACAGGACCCAGCCUGGAUCCGGACGGCACAGACAGCCCUGCUCUGAGCCGGGAUCCCAGUGUAACAGCUGUCCCCACCUCCUGAGGCUAACUGUAUAAAGUACACUGGCCUCUGGAGCCAGCCUGCUUGGGCUCAGAUCCCAGUUCUGCUGCGUCCUGCCUCUGUCCUCGGGCAGUUACUUCACCUCUGUGAUUCUGAGUUAUGUCAUCUGUAAAAUGGCCACAAGAACAGUAAUUACUUCCAAGAUGAUGUCACAGAGCCGGCCCCAGUAUUCUGUGCUUUCUUUGGCCAGGCCCUGCUCCAGGUACUUUACAUACGAGGAAGGUAACAUCUUCACCUUUUUCGGCAGAUGAGGAAACUGAGGCACAAGGUCUCAGACACAGAACUAGGAGGUGACAGGUUUUCUGCGUACUGGUACGCAGCUGGUACAUCAGAGCACUUGCUAGCCAUGGGCCCGUCUAUUGAACCAUUCCCUCUGCCAAGUCUGGUGGAAGUUACGGAAGGGAUGGGGCAUUUGAGCAGGACCUUGAUAACAUUCAGGGAAGAAAGGGCGCAGGAGGCACUCCAGGCAGCGGAAACUGUGUGCGUCUGGAGGUAGGAAAGCCUGUCAAUGUCAGCUUCAGGCAAGUGGUUUACUGUCACCGGAAUAUGGGGUAGGGGGAAGGAGGGAGGAGUGGUGGACAUGGGUGGAUCUUAAGUGUCCUUAAAUGACCAGUUUGGGAACCUGGCCUCUUUCUUGAAAGCACUAGAGAGCCAUGGAAGGUUUUUGAGCAGGAGAGGGCUGUGGUCGGAUUUGGGCUUUAGCUGCUGUGUGGAGGUGGACCAGAGGGGGAGACUGAGCUGGGAGCACAGGGGAGGUUAGCGCAGGAACAGAGCAGAGGACGAUGGCAUGGGCAGGGCCGAGGGAAGGGAAGAGGGGCCGUGGAGGGGUCAUGCGUAGGAGGCCAAGUGGGCAGGCCCUGUGUAGGCCUUACAGUCUUGGGCAAGACAAGGCUGGGGAAAGGCACAAGGAUGGUUGGCUACCCCUGAGAUGGGGACCUGGGAGGAAAAAACACAUUUGAAGGGAGACACUGAGGCUUGUUUGGAACAUGGUGGGUGUGAAGGGCUAGAGGGGCAUCCAGAGGAAGGCAUCAGAAGGUGUCAGGCUGUGGUUGAGGCCGGAGACAGAUGGGGGAAGCGAAGCCAGGAGGGCAGGUGUGGAGGCCCUGGGUUUGGGGGAAGAGAGAACACCAGCCUUGAGAAGUCAGCUUUAGGGUAUUUCUGGAUCUGUAUCAGUAAGAAAACACUUGUGAUGAGCACUGGGCGUUGUAUGGAAAUGAUGAAUCACUAAACUCUACUCCUGAAACUAAUAUUACACUAGAU